AUGGAAAGAGGUAUUCAAGACAAGACGUUCACGUUGAACACUGGAGCAAAGAUUCCUGCCAUCGGAUUCGGCACUUGGAAAGCUGGCCCAGGUGAAGCAGCAGCAGCUGUACAAGCCGCGUUUGAAGCCGGAUAUAGGCACUUUCUAAUAAUUCAUGUAGACGGAAACGAAGCAGAAAUCGGUCAGGUCUUCAAAUCAAUCGAAAUUCCUCGCAAUGAAUACUUUGUGACUACCAAGCUUUGGUCCUCCGACCACCGUCGUAUUACCUCAGCGCUCCAGAAAUCCAUCGAUGAUCUUUGCUUGGAUUAUGUUGAUCUAUAUCUCAUGCACUGGCCCGUUACUCUGCCCGCCUCUACUCCAGAGACGUACGGAAAAGAAGACCGUACAGCCCAUGACCCCGACUGGGACUUCAACGAUACAUGGAGAGAGAUGGAGAAAUUACUGAGCACGGGGAAGGUACGAGCAAUUGGACUUGCAAACUUCUCCACUGUCAAUUUGCAGAAGUUGCUUCUGUCCUGCAAAGUGACUCCAGCGGUUAAUCAGACGGAGAUCCAACCACUUUUGCCCCAGAAGAAGUUGAAUACCUUCUGUGUGGAGCAUAAUAUUCACCAGACUGCCUUUGGACCGCUAGGAGGAAGUGGGAGUACCUUGCAUGAAGAUCCCUUGGUGAAACGCAUUGCGGAUAAGAGAGGUUGUAGUUCGGGCAAUGUGUUGUUGAGCUGGGGUGUUAAGAAGGGGUGGAGUGUGAUCCCGAAGAGUACAAAUUCUGCUAGAAUCGUGAGCAACUUGCAGAGCUGCUUUAGCAUGGACGAGGAGGAGACUUCUCAGAUAGAUGGUUUGGCUCAGACACUUGGAGAGAAGCGAUUCAAUCGUCCAAACUGGGGGACUGUUAUCUUCCACGACGAUGAGGUGGAAAAUGCACAGUAA